GUGUGGUGCUGGACCUAAUAUUUUCUCCAUAGUUUACAUCAUGGCAGAGAUCAACAGCUACCCAACAAGCAAAUUGUGAAGGAAAGAGGGAGCGAAUAAAAAUCCCUAUCCCUGAGCAGGGGAAGGAAUUCGACGGCCGCCGCUUCUUCUCUCGCCGGAGGGAAGAGGAGGAGGAAAAUAAAGAAGGAAUGGCGAUUCACGAGGGAAGUCUGCGGAAUAUAUUGGAGCAGGAAAGUCUGAAGUGGGUGUUCGUAGGUGGAAAGGGAGGCGUGGGGAAGACGACCUGCAGCUCGAUUCUAUCCAUUUUGUUGGCUUCAGUGAGGCAAUCGGUUCUCGUUAUAUCCACCGAUCCCGCCCACAACCUAAGCGACGCUUUCCAGCAGCGAUUCACCAAGAUCCCCACGCUCGUCAACGGAUUCAACAAUCUCUUCGCUAUGGAGGUGGAUCCUAAAGUAGAAAAUGAUGAUUUAACAAAUGAUGAAGGGCUUGAUAGCUUUGUCUCAGAGCUAUCAAAUGCCAUCCCUGGAGUAGAUGAGGCUAUGAGUUUUGCAGAAAUGUUGAAAUUAGUUCAGACUAUGGAUUAUUCAGUAAUAGUAUUUGAUACAGCUCCAACUGGUCAUACCUUGCGAUUAUUACAAUUUCCAUCUACUUUGGAGAAGGGACUUGCAAAAUUUAUGUCACUAAAAAGUAGAUUUGGUGGUCUUUUAAGCCAGGCUUCUCGUCUUUUUGGUCUUGGAGAUGAAUUUAGUGAGGACGCUUUGCUAGGAAGGCUUGAGGGCAUGAAGGACAUUAUUCAACAAGUCAACAAACAAUUUAAAGACCCUGACAUGACAACAUUUGUCUGCGUCUGCAUUCCGGAGUUCCUUUCCCUCUAUGAAACUGAGAGGCUUGUACAAGAACUGGCAAAGUUUGAGAUAGAUGCUCAUAAUAUUAUCAUCAAUCAAGUAAUUUUUGAUGAGGAAGCUGUGGAGUCCAGGUUACUGAAAGCUCGAAUAAAGAUGCAGCAGAAGUAUAUAGAUCAGUUCUAUAUGCUGUAUGAUGACUUCAAUAUCACCAAAUUGCCACUGCUUCCGGAAGAGGUCACUGGCGUUGAAGCCUUGAAAAGAUUUUCAAAACAUUUCACAACACCAUACAAGCCUGCUCUAACCAAAGGCUCCAUGGAGGAAUUGCAGCAGAGGAUUUCAGAACUGAGAUUUCAGCUGAAAGAAGCCGAAGUUGAGCUCGACAAACUCAAGAGAGGUAAACACAAGGCUUGAUUUUACAAAACCACCCCCCUUUUUUUCAUUU